AAAAGAUCAUCAUACUUGCAUAACAAGAAACUCUUUCUCAUUCUUGCUAACUGGUGGAGGGUCAUAUUUAAAAACCCAUUUUCUCUCCUUAAAGCUUCCUCUCUCCCUUUGCUCAAGCCACCUCCAUGGCCAUGGAGUCACAGGAAAUCAAGGGACUUCAUUAUCUGCCUCAUGCAAAUUCUUUUCAGAAUCUUCUCACACUCUCCCCUUCUGUAGCUAAUCUCAACAUUCAAGUUCAACCUGUGAAGUCCAUAGGCCACAAUUUAACCCAUGCAAAUUUAUCUCAGAAUCCUGAAUCCAAUUCAAGUUUCUUGAAUAGAUCAUUCUCAUCCAACUCUCCUAUCCAUUUCCCACUUCAUAUGUUAUCUCCACACAACUCAGCUAUCAGUACAGAUUCUACUGUAAAUGAGACAGGUGAUCAACUGGGAAUUACCUAUGAGAGGAGACUUAAGAGGAUGAUAUCCAACAGAGAAUCAGCUCGAAGAUCACGCAUGCGCAAGAAGAAGCAGAUUGAAGAGCUCCAGUAUCAGGUUAAUCAUCUCCAAACCAUGAAUCAUCAGCUUUCUGAGAAGGUUAUUCGCUUGUUAGAGAGCAACCACCAGAUCCUCCAAGAGAAUUCCCAGCUCAAGGAGAGAGUUUCUUCUUUUCAAAUUGUUCUGUCUGACCUGUUGACACCUAUUAGAAAUGUGGAAGAAAGCAUAUGCAACACCAAUCGUCCUCGAGGAGAAGCUUCAAAUUGAUCAAUCUAUUAUCAAUGUCUUCAGGGGAUUGAAUAGAGUGUAUAAAGCUAGGUACUUGUAGAGCUGAAUUUACUUUGCAGUGGUGCUCAAGUAUAUGUUAUAU